CCCUAAGUUCCGUUUGCCCUCUCGCUUCUCCCUCGAACCCUCCCUUUUUGAUCCAAUCUUUGCAAAUCAAUACUUGCCAAGUUCUUCUUCCCCUUUCGCUCGAUCCGCCGUUGAGCCCAUUCGAAGCUUUCUAUCAGCUACUUACUCCAACCUCCGUUAUCUAUUCCACAGUCGUCUCUCGCUCUUGCAGUCCCCGCCGUCCAACAAUCCCUCUCACUAGACAAUCUCACUUUUUGGCCGAGUUCUCUCAUAUUUUAACCGCUUGACUCUGUGGUUUUGGGCUAAUUUACUCUGCAUCUGCUGCGACUUUGAGGUAGUUAAAAGGCAUGGCAACUCUGAAAGACCUUCUUCCUGCUGUAAAGUCAACCACUGUAACUCACUAUGAUCAUUCUAGUGAUCCAUGGUUCAAGCAGCGUUUUAGUUCCUCAGAAGCAGAGCAAACUUCUGUUAUCAAGGCAAAUCCGGUGCCGCCUUACUUGAAGCGUGGUGGGUUUGUUCCAAGGAAAGUAGAGGAUUUUGGAGAUGGUGGUGCUUUUCCAGAGAUUCACAUUGCUCAAUACCCACUUGAUAUGGGUAGAGACAAAUCAUCGAAGCCUGGAUCCAAGAUCCUUCCUAUUACAGUUGAUGCUCAUGGGAAUGUUGCGUAUGAUGCUAUUGUCAAGCAGAAUGAAAAUGCUAAAAAGAUUGUGUAUUCGCAACAUAAAGAUCUCAUUCCAAAGAUUUUGAAAAAUGAUGAAGUGAGUGAUGAAGAUGAAGAGUUGCAGAAAGAGAUUGAAGAAACAACCGAGGAAACGAAGUCUGCACUUGAAAAGAUAGUUAAUGUGAGAUUGAGUGCAGCGCAGCCUAAAAAUGUUGCCAAACAUUCCUCGGAUUCGAAGUUUAUCAAGUAUAAGCCAUCUCAACAAUCAGCUGCGUUUAAUUCAGGUGCCAAGGAGAGAAUAAUUAGAAUGGUGGAGAUGCCAGUUGAUCCACUUGAGCCUCCAAAGUUCAAGCAUAAACGUGUUCCUAGAGCUUCGGGGUCUCCACCUGUGCCUGUUAUGCAUUCCCCUCCUCGUCCUGUCACCGUGAAGGAUCAGCAGGAUUGGAAGAUUCCACCGUGUAUUUCAAAUUGGAAGAAUCCAAAAGGUUAUACAAUCCCACUUGACAAACGACUUGCAGCUGAUGGAAGAGGCCUUCAAGAAGUUCAAAUUAACGAUAACUUCGCAAAGCUGUCUGAAGCUCUGUAUGUUGCAGAGCAGAAAGCAAGAGAAGCUGUUGCAAUGAGAUCUAAGGUUCAGAAAGAAAUGCUUAUGAAGCAGAAGGAGAAGAAGGAGCUGGAGCUUCGAGCAUUAGCUCAGAAAGCCCGGUCUGAGAGAACUGGAGCUGCACCUCCUACAAUUCCCUAUCCAUCUGAGAGAGACACAGUAGAUACCUCUGAGAUGAAAGGCGAGUUUGAGCGUGUACGAGAAAAGGAGAAGGAUUUACCAAAGGAGACAAGGGAGGAAAGGGAAGAGCGGUUGCAGCGGGAGAAGAUUCGUGAAGAACGACGUCGUGAGAGGGAAAGGGAAAGAAGGUUGGAGGCUAAGGAUGCAGCAAUGGGAAAGAAGAGUAAGAUAACAAGAGACAGAGAUCGUGAUAUCAGCGAGAAGGUUGCACUUGGCAUGGCUUCUACUGGAGCAGGUAGAGAGGGAGAAGUUAUGUAUGACCAGAGGCUAUUUAACCAAGAUAAAGGAAUGGACUCCGGAUUCGCAAACGACGACCAGUACAAUAUAUACGACAAGGGCUUAUUUACUGCUCAGCCCACUCUCUCAACUCUUUACAGACCUAAAAAGGAUGCUGAUUCUGAUAUGUACGGCGGCGCUGAUGAACAGUUAGACAAGAUAAUGAAGACGGAUCGCUUCAAACCAGACAAGUCGUUUUCAGGCACUGCAGAAAGGUCUGGACCUAGAGAUAGGCCAGUUGAGUUUGAGAGAGAGGUAGAAGAAGCCGAUCCAUUUGGACUCGAUCAAUUCUUGACCGAAGUGAAGAAAGGUAAGAAGGCUAUGGACAAGGUUGGGUCUGGUGGGACAAUGAGAGCUGGUGCUGGUUCGUCAAUGCGGGAGGGGUAUGAGGGGGGUAGCUCUGGUAGAAGUCGCAUUGGAUUUGAAAGAGGGCAUUAGGUACACAAUGCCAUCAGUUUUAUGAUGUAUUUGAGUUAUAUUACCCACUUGGAUUCUCUUCCUUUCCCAAACUGCUUCUACAAAUGUGUAUUAGAACUUCACUUGUUUGCUGGUUGCCCUUUAUUGAUUGCGCUGUUCUCUA